AUGACCAAUGCUCUAAGAUCAGGUGAUCUAGUUAGAUUGUCAAAGAAGAGUAUACAUGAUAUGAAAGCAACUGAUUGGACUGAUGUCAAGGCCAAGUACUCACCAAGGUUCAAGAUUGACAAGACAAUCACAUUGGCAUCAUUGACCUCUGUUAAUCUAACUAAACACUCAUUAUAUAAGAUACAGUUUGCCUUCUUUGACAAGUUCCCAACGACAUGGAUCACUGUAGCAAAUGGCAAUGGUACAUUCUUGAAUCACAUCGAGUUCACAUUCCUUUAUUCAAACGACAAGAUUGUUGAUGUCAAGUAUAUACUAGAUUACAAUGAUGAAGAAGAACAUCAUGGAGUCAAACCAGAACAUUUUUAUCUAAUAUACAAAUGGCAACAGAUAAAGGACAAGGAUAUCACAAUGGGACUGUUCGUCCUGUUCUUCACUGGAAUUGCUCUCAGUGGCUUCAUCUUCACUUACAAUGCCAUGAGGUUCCAGUUUGAGUUUGGUUCAUCAUCAAAGAAACGAAAGCAACAACAACAAUUACCAACAACAUUCAAUCAAGGAUAUCAAUCAAAUAACUCAUGGAAGACAAUGUCACCAGCAUCGUCAUCACCAUCAUUGUCCUCAACAACAGCAACAUCAAAUGUAUAUAACAACAACAACAACAACACAGAACAAGUGGUGCACUCUGAUGGCAAUCAAUCACCUGGUCUCAAUAUUAGAAGCAGUAUCAGUGGCGAUCACUUUGGUUUCGAGACUGUGUCACUGGCAGAGGUAGAGUCACCGCCUCAUCAGCUACAUCAUCGACAGCAUGACUCUCCACCUGCUGCCGGUACAUCUCAACCCUACACAAAUACAAGCAACAAGGACGAUUGA